AUGGAUGUCAAGAUAUUGAUGAAAUAUAUUUCAAAAAAGUUCAUUCACUAGUUGCUUGAACUUUUUGACAACAAUGAGCCAAGAGAAAGGGAAUAUGUAAAAAAUCUGUAUCAUAGAUUAUACGGAAAACUAGUAUAGAAAAGAAAAACAUUUAGGAAAUCUAUUAGUUUUGUCUUUUAAACACUUAUCCACGAAAGGUAUUCAUUCAAUGGUAUGCCUGAACUUUUAGAUAUUCUUGCUUCAAUUAUCAGUGGAUAUGCUGUCCCACUUCGUGAAGAACAUAUAGAUUUCUUUAAAAAUAUAUUUAUACCUCUUCAUAAGGUUUAAACUUCACAUCACUACCAUGAAUAAUUGUAAAGAUGUUCAAUGUUGUUUCUGUCAAAGAUGCCAGAAUUAUCUUUAGAUUUAAUUGAUGCCUUGCUUAAAUACUGGCCUUUUGCUAAUUCUACUAAAGAGCUUAUGUUUUUAAGCGAGUUAUUAGAAGUAAUUGAAGUUCCAGAAAUGAACAAAAUACAGCCAUAUGUGGAAAGACUUUUUAAAAGAUUGAUUAAAUGCAUUUCAGGACCUCACUUGCAAAUAGCAGAUAGAGCAAUGUGCUUUUUUGAAAACGAAUACUUUUUAGGAAUGCUUAGAUAAUACAAAUCAAUAACUUUCCCAUUAAUAGUGCCAGUAAUUCAUAAAAUUGCUGAUAAUCAUUGGCACAAAAUUCUGCAAGAAUCUUUGAUAGCUCUGAGAGCAAUCCUAAGAGAGUUAGAUCCUCAAGCUUAUGAAAAAUCACUUACGUAUAAAAAUGUACCUACGUUAUAUCUAUCUAAAGACGUUAAAAAAAGAGCUGAAGAAAGAGUUAAGGUUGAUGAAAAAUGGAGUGAAUUAUAUAAGCAAGCUAAAAAAGUUGAUCCUAAUAUUAGUUAAAAAACCCUCCCAUAUACAGAUAAAAAUGUAGUUGGAGACUUCAAUCGUCUUGAUAAUACUAACGUAGUUUUUAAUUGA